AUCCUUCCAUGAAGUGCUUCCCUAAGUUCGUGUAUAAACAAAGAUAUGUGAACGUUCUUUAUGUAGACAUGAGAUCGUUACAUGAGGUCGUAAAACUUGUGUAGCUACAUGUAAAGUUACAUUCAGGCGGUACUGCAAAGCUUGUCACAAUCCUUUAGAUACCAACUACAGAAUGUCAUCUGAUAAAGAAUCCAAAGUUGCUCAGUUAUUUAAAAAUCUUGAGUAUGGGCCUGCUCCAGAAUCACCAAAUAUUGCAUAUCAAUGGAUGGAUAGUCAUGAUCGGAAAUUUGGUCAUUUUAUAAAUGGAAAGUGGAUAAAUCCUGGAGAUCGGAAAGAAGUGGAAUGCAAAAGUCCUGCUACUGGCGAAGUGUUGGCUUCAACUAUUCAGGGAACUAAAAAUGACUUGGACAUUGCUGUACAGUCUGCAAAAACUGCCUAUGAGUCAUGGUCUUCUCUCUCUGGACAUGCAAGAGCUCGGUAUAUAUACAGCAUUGCUCGCCAUGUACAGAAACACAUGCGUUUAAUAUCAGUUGUUGAAAGUUUGGACAAUGGAAAGCCAAUUCGUGAGACAAGGGAUUAUGAUAUUCCUAUUGUUGUAAGACAUCUUUAUCAUCAUGCAGGAUGGGCAGAAUUAAUGGAGACUGAGAUGAAAGGUUGGAUUUCGGUUGGUGUUGUUGGUGCAAUUGUGCCAUGGAACUUUCCAUUGAUGUUGCUAUGCUGGAAAGUUUGCCCAGCUCUUGCUAUGGGAAAUACUGUUGUGCUUAAGCCAGCCUCUUACACUAGGCUGAGUGCAUUGCUAUUUGCAGACAUUUGUGCAGAGGCUGGUUUACCUGCUGGAGUUUUUAAUGUUGUAACUGGUGAUGGCCGGUUUGGAUCUGCUUUAGCCACCCACCCUGAUGUGGACAAAGUUGGAUUCACAGGAUCAACUGAGGUUGGCAAAAUUCUCCGCAGGGUCACUGCUGGUACAGGGAAAAAAUUAUCUCUUGAGCUAGGUGGAAAAUCACCAAUUGUUGUUUUUGACACUGCUGACCUUGAUUCAACUGUCGAGGGGAUUGUGAUGGCCAUCUGGUUCAACCAAGGACAGGUUUGUAGUGCUGGGUCGAGACUUCUUGUGCAAGAAACUGUGGCAGAGAAGCUUAUACACAAGCUAAAAGUAAGGAUGAAGCAUCUACGAGUAGGAAACUCACUGGAUAAGUGUGUUGACAUUGGUGCUAUUGUUGACGACUCUCAAAGGAAAUCGGUGGACGAAUAUGUCGAAGAUGCCAAAAAAGAGGGAGCAGAGGUUUAUCAAGCCAGCGAGUGUAUACCUGACGGAUGUUUUUAUCCACCAACACUCGUCACUAAUUUGUCAACGACAUCAAAGAUUGUCAUAGAGGAGGUAUUCGGUCCAGUUUUGGCUGUACUCACCUUUCGAACAGCAAAGGAAGCAAUAGCGUUGGCUAAUAACACCUUGUACGGACUUGGAGCAAGUGUAUGGUCAGAGCACAUUGGAUUGGCAAUGGAAGUGGCAUGCAACAUAAAAGCUGGCUCUGUAUGGAUCAACAAUCAUAACGUUUUUGAUGCUGCCACUGGCUUCGGUGGAUACAAAGAGAGUGGUUAUGGCAGGGAUGGAGGAAAAGAGGGUCUGUAUGAAUAUGUGAAACCGUCAUGGCAACCCAGGAUUAAAGUAGAUAUAUCAAGCUAUGAUGUGACAAAGUUUGGUGCGCAAGCAUUUCCAACCGUUUCCAAUCCGAAUAUUAACCCGUUGAAACACAGUGAAAAAGGUUUACCAAAGAUAGAUCGCACACUAAAACUUUAUAUUGGCGGUAAGCAAGUCCGCCCGGACCAAAAUUUUUCUCGUCCGGUCCUGGAUUGCAAGGGGUCAGUGCUUGGUCAAAUAGCUGAAUCAAAUCGCAAGGAUGUGAGAAAUGCUGUCGAAGCAGCUAACAACGCUGCUCUCUCUGGAUGGUCAAAGCGUUCUGGUCACAAUAAAGCUCAACUUACGUACUUCAUCGCAGAAAAUCUGGAACUAAGAAAAGACGAAUUUGUCAGAUGUUUAAUUGACUCGACUAGUUGUAGCGUCGAAGAUGCUGAAAAAGAAGUGGAUACUAGUAUUCAACGUUUGUUUCAUUGGGCAGCAUAUGCAGACAAAUACGGGGGUAAUGUUCAGGAAACGGAACACUACGGGACAGUACUUCGCGUUCACGAAGCGGUCGGAGUCGUGGCUAUCGCUUGUCCUGACGAAGCACCACUACUAUCAUUUUUAUCUCUUCUCAUUCCUGCCUUCAUACGCGGUAACACUACAGUGAUUGUUCCCAGUGAAAAAUUCCCACUGCCCGCUGUCGAACUCUAUCAGAUAUUGGAAACUUCAGAUGUUCCGCCUGGUGUUAUUAACAUUUUAACGGGUAGCCGGGAUCAUAUCACAAAGAUUCUAGCCGAGCACCAGAACGUAAAUGCAAUGUGGUAUUUUGGUAGCAGUGAAGGCAGUAAAUUUGUUGAGCACACUUCCGCAGUGAAUAUAAAGCGUGUCUGGGUGAAUUACGGCCAGUCGCGUGAUUGGUAUGAUCGACAGCAGGGCUGUGGGGAAGAAUUUUUAAUCAAGGCUGUUGAAUGCAAAAGUGUAUGGAUUCCGAUGGGCCAUGUUUUUGCCAACUAGAUUUUCAUGUAAAAGAUAAAGUACUUACAAAAAAAUAAUAAACGUGCACCACAAUUUACUUAAAACCACACAUUUCAAGCCAUGUCAUAAUUAUUGAAUGAAGCAACGCUUUUUUUAAUAAAUUUCAUUUAGCGCUUUAUUUGAGGGCGGCGUUUAAUUGAAUAUGGUGUGGCACCAGACAUGUUAUAGCCGGUUUUUAUAGUUUAUAUAUUUUAUAUAUGAUUGUUUCUUCUUUUUGUUUAAUUGCCAAAUUUUAUUUUUCUGAA